CGUUUCGAGUCGCUGCGGCCGGCGGUGCAGUGUGGAACAGGCCUGUGACUGAUUGACGUAUAGCGAUUGUGGUCGGUGAAGUAGUCGAAUAGUUUGGCUCGUUUUUUUCGGGGAUUCGAUUCACGAGUAGGAGUCAAGUUGUAAAGUGACUGUAUAGUAGGUAAUGAAUGGAUUGUGAGAUGCUUUUGUGAUCCCAGCCUAACUCCAGCAGUUAUGCUCAAGGACAGAGACUCGAUAGAGAGAGGUACCUCCUCUCCUUGUUCCAGCAUCGGGGGCUCCUCCAUGAUAGAGGCAUCUUCUUGUGCGGGAUGCGGGGGCCGAAUACACGAUCGGUACUACCUUUUGGCCGUCGACAGACAGUGGCACGUCAGCUGUUUGAAGUGCUGCGAGUGCAAGUUGCCCCUGGACACUGAACUGACAUGUUUCGCGCGAGACGGGAAUAUUUAUUGCAAAGAGGAUUAUUAUAGAAUGUUCGCAGUAACACGUUGUGGACGAUGUCACGCUGGAAUAUCCGCUAACGAAUUAGUCAUGAGAGCCAGAGAUCUAGUGUACCACCUACAUUGUUUUUCCUGCAACCUUUGUGGAAUACCUCUGUCAAAAGGAGAUCACUUUGGUAUGAGGGAAGGCCUAAUAUACUGCAGUUUUUGUUUUAACCGACCUCACUACGAGAUGAUGGAUACCUUCGACCCUCACGACGGCCCCCUUUUUGCGGGGGCCGAUUCUCCUGGUUAUUAUGCUCCAACGACGCCUCCCCAGAGUCACAAAGGCAGGCCUCGGAAAAGGAAACCCCCCAGUGAAGAUUCUCCCUGUGGAGAACUACCAGUGACAAUGAGGAUGGCAGCAGCUACGUUAGAAAUGCUCCAUCAGGGUGACCUGUCCUCCUCUAUGGAAUCGUUGUCGUACGAGUCGUCGGUGACGUCACCGGCGUCCAAUAAUGGCCACCAAUCGCAGAGGACGAAAAGGAUGAGAACUUCCUUCAAACAUCACCAGCUCAGAACUAUGAAGACGUACUUUGCCAUCAAUCAAAAUCCGGAUGCAAAAGAUCUGAAACAAUUGGCUCAAAAGACUGGUCUCUCUAAGCGAGUUCUUCAGGUUUGGUUCCAAAAUGCUAGAGCAAAAUGGCGUCGGAAUCUGAUGCGACAAGAAGGCGGUCAAAACAACAAUAAUAACCUUCAAUCCCAAGGACCUAACAGUUCACCCACAGGUUCGACCAUCAUGGAAAACGGACUUUCCCAUCAAAGUCUGGACGAUCUACAUCAUCAUUUACACAAUGGAAAUUCACAAACGUUAAGUUUCAGCGACAUUUAUUAGAACACCAUCGAAAAUAACCUGACGAUUGAUUGCUCUUAUGACGAAAAUAUACAGUGUGUUAAAAUAUUAUAUGGAAACUAUGGAGAAACAAAGUAUUUUAAGUGUCUAAGAAGUUUUGAUACUUGCAAAACAUUUCUUAUUCCUAGAAAGAUCAAAUAAAAAUAGUCCAAAUUAAAUAUUUCUUAAAAAAAUGUCUGUAUUUUUGUCACUUGAAAGUUUUUUCAAAUAAAUAUGUUAUUUUGAUAUACAACUAAGCUUCGAAAGUAAGAAAUCCACUUCGGGUUUUGAUUUUCGAAAAUACAUAAAAAAUAAAAUAAAAUAUAUAUCAUAAAUAUUUCUAUAUCAAUAUUUUUUAGACACACUGUAUAAUUAAUAUAAAAUAAAUCGAAUUUAGAAGAUCUAUAACUGCAAAUAGUUGUUGCUUCUUAUCAGUUAUAAAUUAUGCAGUCAAUAAUUAUUGUAAAAUUUAUUAUGAUAUUAUUUUUUUGGUAAAUUUUGUUAAAAAUCUAGUACUUACAACUCGUCAGAUACAGAAUAAUAUGCGUAUUUCUUAUUGUCAUUCUCCACUCUGUACGUGCAGUAGACAAUUGUAUCGUAUGGUUGAAAAAAAGGCGCCCUGUUAGCUUGUAAAUGAACAUCGAUGACAUUUCCUAUAUAAUUUCACAUAUAAAAUGACAGCAAUCUUCAUUUUAUAGUCAUCGCUUACGUCUUUUUUCGAUCAUAUUGUACAAUGCAUUAAAAAAUCUUCGAAUUGCCAAAAAAUAUUAAUCUUUUAUUUACCUAACUGAAUAUACAAACUAUUUUGAUGACUUGCCAUAUUAAGUUUUUUAUGUUUUCAUAUAAAGGUACAUACAGGCUGAGAGCGUCGAGGGUCGCGAAGCGUUUGCGUCUCGUCCGCAUGUCGAAAUGGAAUCAAUUCGUUUAACUUAAAUUAGACCGUUCACAGCGUCGCGUUUGGCGUUGAGCUAGCGUCCGC